GAGUCGAGGGCAGUGGGAGACGUCAGUGAGAGAGAGACAUUCAUAGGGGAAGCACGGCCCGCGGCUCAGUGGUAGUUGUCAUUGGAGAACCGAGAGCCUUUUAUGUAUGUUGUUCCCUUACAAAGAGCUUACAAAGGAUUGUGUCCGGUAAAAGUGGUUGGUCUGGAAUAGUUGACACUGCCUCCGUCUCCAGUGUGCGUGCAGAAGACGGGAGUUGCGUUAAAAUAUGCACUCAAACACAGUCCGGAGCCUUGGAGUGGCUGAUGUAAUAUAGCUAUCUCACGGACGAGGCGGCCCUCUACUAGAUCUAAUCGGCUGGCAAAGGGAAAAAUAUUAAUAAAAGAAAAACACUGAAAAGAAACUAAGCGUGAUAUAAAAAGGGUUGAAAACAUAGUCGUCCAUCCUUCGAGUCACAUCACAGUAUUUGUGUUAAUUAGAAGGAAAGAAGGAAGGAGAGUGAGUGAGCGAGUGGUGAGUGAGCAGAAAAGAAGAAAAAAGAAAAGAGGGAGAAUAGAAAGAGAGAAAGGGAGAGAAAGAGAGAAGGACGACUAAUUGGUGUUGAGUGAAGUGAAGUGUUCCUGAUGUCGAGAGCAAGGAGUCGGACCCGCGCCCUUAGGUUAAGCAUGUGUUCCCUGCUGUGAACGAAACUGAACGAAAACAACUUUUUGUUACUUCCUGGACAGUUUCAUAGAUGGAUGAUCGAGACAACGACACGAGGAAAGGAAAAUCACUCCAAUAGAGAUACUGACUUGUAAAUAGAAAAAGACGAUAAAACAUUUCCUCUUAAUGAUUUUAUAUAUAUUUGAAAUGAGGAGGAGAGAGUGAAAGAAAAGGUACAAUCAUAUAUAUAUUCAGAGAGAGAGAGAGAGAGAGAGAUAAAGCGAGAGACGGAAAAAAGUACACAUAAAUCCAAACAGGACAAUGACACGGGAACAUUAAUACAAAAAGUACAAACGUAAACACCAGUGACAGAAAAAAAAACAGACUAAAAAUAAAGAAAAUAAGAAGAUUGAAUUUCACAGCCUCAUCGAACCCAGGUGCGCCAAACGACAGGUGGAAGUGAUGGUGGUGGAGGCGACCAAGAUGACAAUGGUGGUGGACUAAGCGAGGACGACCACCCAGUCAGUCUUCACCACCACCACCACCACCACCACCAACUACUAUUAACCAUCAAUCUUAUACCCACAUAGCAGAAGUGUUGUAUAUCUACCCCUCUUCCUCCCUCCCUCCCACCCUCCCUCCAUCCCUCCCUCUCUCCGGUGAGGCGUGGAGGCGGCGGAGGAGGAGGUGAGUGACAUGGCCGAGAGUCACAAGCAGUGCCAACAGCCCCCACCACUAGUAGCAGGUCUUCCCCCACCCAGACUCCUCAGGUCACCGAGUCACGAAAGCGUCAGCACUGAACUGUCCCUCUUUUCCAUCAGUAGCGCCGCCUCCGAGAUGUCGAGAGCGGGUCUGAGAGUGGUGCUUCCCCCUCACCUGGGCCGCGGACCGUCACCCACACCUGAGACCAGACACCGCCUUCAGGUAAGCUCGCAGGUUCCCUCUGGGGUUGGUGGCGGCGGCAGCUCGGUGGGCGAGGGAGGCGGAUCCAACUUGUGGGGGGAGGAGGAGAGUGAUCUAAUCCGCUCGUGUGCCGCCCUCAGCUCUGCUCUUGGUGUUCAGAAAAGCUUCAGCACAUCAGACAUCAGCGGCGUCGGGGUCUCCAACGACGGGGAGCUGAGCCGCACGUGGGUGAGCGAGGGCAACUUUGUGCUUCAGAUCAACCUGUGCGGAGGUGGGGGGCGGCUGGAGGGGGUGCUGCUGCCCCGCCUAGACCCCACCUCCCGCUCCUGCUCCACCUGGGUCGCCGUGGGGGACGUGGCCUCCACCUCGCAGCUCCCCUCCCCCCAGGCCAAGCCGGGCGCCCUAGAGAGUCCCGCCAUCACCGCCGCUGACUUCAUCCGUUCAGUCAACAAAAAGGUGCGUCAGAACUACAUCAAGAGAAGACUCGUCACAACCUAUAAGGCGCUGCAGAGGUUCUCCCAGUCGGAACUCGAUCUUGAGAACAUGGGAGCAGCGAGCCAAGGAGGCGUAAAGAUUGACGGUGGGGGAGUUACCCUGGUGGUCCCUCCCCGCCAGCAGUCGGCCCAGGAUGUCUUCAGGAUAAUCAAGAAAGAGGCCGAGCUCCCCGCUGCCGCAGUGCCCACCAGCCAGGCGGCCCCGGGAAGCACAAACCAGGGGAGGAACUUGAGUCUGACAGCGAGAGAUGUGGAGAGGGACCGCGGCAGACCUCUCACUAAGUACGAGAGGAAUAUGAUGAUCUUCAACUGGCUACAGACCCUCGAGGAGACUGCCUAUGAUAUUAUGUCUUGAAGGACGAGGAAGAGGGGGUGGGACGAGGUGCAGCAGCAACAAGAGAAGGAGGAGGAGCAGGAGGAGGAGGAAGGGGAAAAGGAGAAAAAGGAGGAGGGAGAGGAAGAGGAGAGAAAAAAGUAUUUUAUUUCAAGCUUAAUAAUAUAAUGACAAUGCUUUGCUAAAAGUCUGAAAGCUUCGGAAGAGAGAGAGAGAGAGAGAGAGAGAGAGAGAGAGAGAGAGAGAGAGAGAGAGAGAGAGAGAGAGAGAGAGAGAGAGAGAGAGAGAGAGAGAGAGGAGAGUCCAGCGUGGAAAUAAAUCACAUUAAUUUCCGAAUGCGCACACUCACUACAGUUAAACACACACACACACACACACACACACACACACACACACACACACAGACACAGACACAGACACAGACACACACACACACACACACACACACACACACACACACACACACACAGGUCAAAAACAUUCUGGUAAAACAAGCCACUAGAUUAAGACAUACUAACAAACAUCAGAGAGUGCCAGAAUAUUCACUCACUCUUUUAGAGACAAAAGAACGAGAGAGAGAGAGAGAGAGAGAGAGAGAGAGAGAGAGAGAGAGAGAGAGAGAGAGAGAGAGAGAGAGAGAGAGAGAGAGAGA